AUGAACAUGUCAGUGUUGACUUUACAAGAAUAUGAAUUCGAAAAGCAGUUCAACGAGAAUGAAGCCAUUCAAUGGAUGCAGGAAAACUGGAAGAAGUCUUUCCUGUUUUCUGCUCUGUAUGCUGCCUUUAUAUUUGGUGGUCGGCACCUGAUGAAUAAGCGGGCGAAGUUUGAACUGAGGAAGCCAUUAGUGCUCUGGUCUCUGACCCUUGCAGUCUUCAGUAUAUUCGGUGCUCUUCGAACUGGUGCUUAUAUGGUGUACAUUUUGAUGACCAAAGGCCUGAAGCAGUCAGUUUGUGACCAGAGUUUUUACAAUGGACCUGUCAGCAAAUUCUGGGCUUAUGCAUUUGUGCUAAGCAAAGCACCCGAACUAGGAGAUACAAUAUUCAUUAUUCUGAGGAAGCAGAAGCUGAUCUUCCUGCACUGGUACCACCACAUCACUGUGCUCCUGUACUCAUGGUACUCCUACAAAGACAUGGUGGCCGGGGGUGGUUGGUUCAUGACUAUGAACUACGGUGUGCAUGCCGUCAUGUACUCUUACUAUGUCUUGCGGGCAGCAGGUUUCCGAGUCUCCCGGAAGUUUGCCAUGUUCAUCACCUUGUCCCAGAUCACUCAGAUGCUGAUGGGCUGUGUCAUUAACUACCUGGUCUUCUACUGGAUGCAGCAUGACCAGUGUCACUCUCACUUUCAGAACAUCUUCUGGUCCUCACUCAUGUACCUCAGCUACCUUGUGCUCUUCUGCCAUUUCUUCUUUGAGGCCUACAUCAGCAAAAUUAGGAAAACAAUGAAGGCUGAAUAG